AUGUAUGUUGAUAAAAUUUUAAAAUUAAAUAAAAAUUUUUAUGAAUAUUCAAUUGAAAAAAAUUUUUUAAAAAAUAAUUAUUUUAUUAGUAAAUUUAAAAUUAAAAAAAAUUCUAUUCUAAUUAUUACUUCAACACCAUUAACAAGAAAUAAUUGUAUAGAAAAUUUUUAUUUCAAACAAAAUAAAUUAUUUUUUAAAAAUUAUCCUAUUUUAUCGGAUAUAUGUUUUUUUGAAAUACAAUUAUCAAAUGAAAAAUCAAUAUCGUCAAGUCAAAUUAAAAUUUUAUUUAUUAAUUCAAAUAUUCAACCAAAAUUUUCAUCUAAUAUUUAUUAUUUUUAUACAAAUAAUAUUCGUGUUUUUGCUAAAAGUUCAAAUCCUAUUCGAUAUAAAUUACAAACAAAUUCAUAUGGUUUAAUUAUUAAUCAAACUAGUGGUAUUAUAUUAUUUCAUUAUGAUUUAUAUAGAAUGAAAACAUUUCAUCAAAUUCAAUUAAUAGUUUAUGCAAUUGAUGAAAAAACAUAUUUAAAUGAUACAGCAUUAAUUUAUAUUAUAUUUAAUAAACAAAAAUCAUUUAGUAUACCAAAAGAAAUUUCAUUAUGUCCAAAUACACCAAUAUCAAUUUCAGAUCAAACUUUACCUGGUAAGAAAAGCUUAUCAUACAACAAUAAUUUUUUUUUCUAUUAUUCUACAACAACACUAAUUCGUUAAUAUUAAAAGUCGGACAUCAAAGUCGCAUCAUUAAAAUAGUCAAGAAUUUUUAUUUUUACAAAACAACAAGUUUAUGUUAUAUAAUGAACAAAAAUGCACUACUAUUAUAGAUUCAUAAGUAAAUUUCAAGAAAAAGCAAAUCACAGAGAAGUUCUCAUAAAUAAAUAGUACAAAACAAAGUAAACAGUUGCUCCAAAAAUUAAUCUUGCAGAUUUAAUUUUUUUUUCUCUAAUGAUUACUUGCAUAAAUAUUCUGUGAUAAGGAUUUGUGGAAAAUAAAAUCUUCACAAUGUUCUGUAAGUCCAAGAUCGUUAUAAAAUCCUCCCCCCCCCCUCAAAAUAGAAUGAUUAUUUCUUUAGAAAAUGAUACAUCUUCGAGCUUUUCACAACAUUUUUUUGACGAAACAUACAUCAAUAUUAAGAAACACUUAGAAAACGUAUAAUACAAGCUUUUAUUUUCAGAUGUUUGGGACUAAAAAACUAAAUUUGAGGAAUAUUGUAAAGAUUUUAUUUUCUUCGAAUUGUUGUUGGAAACAAUUUUUUCUGUUCAAGUCAAUAUUUUGAUUCUUUAUGCGAGUUACCAUCAUGGAAAAGAAUCGAAAUUAAAUUUAUAUGAUCAAUUUUAGAAGUCACUGUGUACGUUAGCCAAAAGAAUUUAAAUCCACAGGGUUAUAAUUAGUAGCGAUC